GGACGUGUGUGUAAAGAUGAGUAACAGUGAGGACGAGACACACUGCUGUCUUCCUGCACUCUAAAUGCACACACACGGCCUGGAGAGAGCUGCAGCAGUGUGUGAUGAUUGUGUGUGUGUGUGUGUGUGUGUGUGUGUGUGUAUAUUCCUUGUCUACCCACAAUGCCCUUCACCGGUGAUGAUCUCGUGUGCCCAAAGUUUCAGCCAAAUAUCUUCAACUCAUCCCGCUGCCACGACUGCCUGCGUCUCAAACACGCACACACACCUCACAGAAGAGAGCAGGUCAACCCCUCUGUGGAGAAAAACAGCAGCCACAGCAGAGCUCAGGUACAGAGUGAAGAGGAGCACGAAACAAGCAACAAGGAGGAUUCUGAUGAAGUGUCAGUGGUGAGCAGCUACUGUGAUGUAAGCAGAGGCUCUCUCUGCAUCCUUAGCCCUGGCUGUGACCUUUACCUGUGUGACGGAAACGGCGACCGCAGCUCUGACAGUCAGUGUGAAAACGACUUGGCUUCCAGUGGUUCUACUACUCCAGAGGAAGACUUUCUUCCCCUUCAUCACUACAAGAUGACGCGUUUGGACCCUCCACCCCACCGUCCAAAUCCCCGGGCGUGGAUGGAGGAAGCACGGGGCCAUGAAAGCUUCGGACGCCAUUCAUUACCCUCACGCGGGGGCUCAAAGGCAGAUCGGGACAGAGAGAGUGGAUAUUUCUCUCUGGGCCGGGCUGCAGGUGCUAGAACGUUACGAGAUAAAAGCCCCCCACCUCCUCAUCGGCAUUCUGAACGUGGCCAUCCUCUACCCAGCAACUGCGCCCCAGAACCCAAAGCCACCAUCCCUUUCCGUAACCCAGACUUGGGUGUCCCUUCCUAUAGAAGAGCCACUGAGAUCCAGAACUCAGAUCCAGAACCUCCAGCAAGCUACUCUCCAGAACCUGUGGACCUUAGCAUUGAGGUGGAGGCUCAGGUUGGCCCCAGGUCCCCAAGCCCCACACCUUUCAAACAAGCGGAAUCACUGGCUGCAUCUAGCCGAAGGGGGCUGCGGACGUCCUACUCAUCCUCCUGCCAACAGUCUGGAACCUUCUAUUCUUCUCGACAAAGUUCAAGCCUUUCUCGCUCCUCUUCUCCCUCCCGAAGUUCCUCCCCUUUCAAACGGACUGAGUCAGUGUCCUCCCUGCCCUCUCGGGGAUUUGGGUCAGGUGGUGGUUUUGGGACAGUUGGGGGACCUGGGUCAGGUAGGGGAAUUGGGCCAGGUGGGUUUUCACAGAGACAUAACCAGAGGUCCAGAAGCCCCACUCAGAGUUCCUAUAGUCGUCCAUCCGAGUCCACAGGCCUGCAGAAAAACUUGAGGACCUUCGCCACCUCUGUGGGUACUGCCAGCAGUGUUGCUAAAUCUCUGACCAACUCUUACACUGAUCUAAGAGCUGGGUUACGCAAGGCGGAGACUAACAGUGGACAUUGCAGCAAUUCUCAGAGCAUUUCCCCAUCAAGGCAGAGGAGUAACGACUCUUCAAGCCAAUCACUUUUCCGAAAGACUGAAAGAGACAGCUCUUCAAAUAGUCGUGGUCGUGACAGUCAUAGCUCUUCUCCAUCCAGGAGAAGCUAUGAAGCCAGCCAGUCAUUUCUGCGCAAGGUAGUUGAAGGUCGGCGCAGUGCGUCUCCUGUCAGGAAGGGCUAUGGUGCACCAAGCCAAUCAGAUAUAAGUCACAUGUUGAAUGUGAGGGGUCAGAACAGCACUAGUUCCUCUCCAUCACAAAGGACCUUUGAGACAGCCAGUCAACCGCUGCGCAAAUAUGAGAUCAACAGCUCCACUCGCAGCCACAGCUGUGAAAGUCGACACUCUUCCCCCUCAAGAAGGAGUUAUGACAUACCUGGCCAAUCAGUGCUCCGCAAAACUGAAGCAAACCAAACAUCCUAUAGUCGUGGACUUGAUAGCCGCAGUCCCUCCCCUUUAAGGGAGGGUUAUAAUACUCCUAGCCAAUCUGUUCGUCGCAAAUCUGAGGUUAGCAGUUAUAAGAGUGGCAGGGAAUCUCGGAGUUCUUCUCCAUCUAAAGCAAGCCACGAACCAGCAGGACAGUCAAUCCUGCACAAGACCAAGGCUGAGAUGAUCUCUUACAUGAGGAAAUCAACCAAUAGCAGUGCAAAGUCAUGGCAAGGCUCCAUCCACUCUCUUCACAGCCCACCCAUUUCCCGUAGCUCCUCCCCAUCCAGAAAAGGUGCUGAAAACAAGCCAAUCAGUUACUCUCAGAGACCUGCCCAUGUUGCUCGGGAAAAUAUUAGAACGGAAAGUAGGAGUAGAAGUCAGGACAGGAGGAACCAAGAGGUUCACAGCCCCUCCCCUGACUUCAGAAGAUCGUCAAAUAGGAAUAAAAGCCCCUCCCCUCAGAUGCAAAGACAUACUUCCUCUCAGAGCUCCAUGGACUCGUCAGAGUCAGGCCACCUGUCAGCUGGCUCAUCUGGUCUGAACCGGGAGGAGUACGCCAUCAUGGCUGACCUUCCGAAGGUCAAGACCGUCUUCCAGAGGGAGGGGCCAAGCCGGCUGGAGCGACUUGAAAGCAGAAACAGGGAUGAACACUUAUAUUACAAACCUGCCAGCCACUCCCACUCUAAAACUGUCCAGAGCGCCUGGGAUGAGUCCAGGGAACAGCGAGCAGCUCCAUCUUCUGCUCAACACACACAGGGCAGCAAGCCAUCAGUGUAUUUCUCCUCCAGUGUGGAACAGGCUGAGGAUGAAACCAUUGACCAGCCUGACCUGCUUAACUUCAAGAAAGGAUGGAUGUCAAAACUGGACGAAAAUGGAGAGUGGAAGAAACACUGGUUUGUGCUGACGGACGCUGGUCUUAAGUACUACAGAGAUUCUGGAGCAGAAGAGAAAGAGGAGCUGGAUGGGGAGAUAGAUCUCAGAUCAUGUGUGAAGGUCUCAGAGUUUGAUGUGGAAAGGAACUAUGGGUUUCAGAUUCAGACAAAGGAUGCUCUGUUUACACUGUCAGCGAUGACGGCUGGUAUCAGGAGAAACUGGAUUGAGGUUCUAAGGAAAAGCAUCAGACCCAGCAGCUCUCCUGACCUAACACAGAUUCCAGACAGUAGCAGUGAUAAAGAAAACUCCCGUCACCCAUCCUCCCGGCGUCUUCUCUCCCGAUCAGAAACUUCCUCCACUCCAAACCCCACCCACCGCAGAUUUGAUUACGUUGAGCUGUCACCUGUAGCCAGCCCCCUUGUCCCCACCCCAUCCAAUCAGAGAGAGGCUGGGGAAGGGCAGGUCCGUGACCACGGCCAGUGGCAAGAAGAGAAAGUCAGAGACCCUUCCCAAAGCGAUUGGGAGGGGGUGCUGCAGCGUAAAGGGGCAGUGACUGCUUCAGAACAGAAACGAAUCGCGGAGGAGAUAGAGAGGAAAUGGGCGGAGUUUGAGCGUCUGCCGCUCAAAGAGAUGAGAUCACUUCCUGCAUUGGGGUCACGGACUGGCCCGUUAGCCAAUGAGGCGCUGCAGAGGGAGGUGGCGUCUCUGAGGCAGCAGCUGGAGCGAGUGAAGGGUGGUGGGGGUGUGUGUGGGGGAUGUGUGUGUGGGAGAAUUUGUGGGGGUGUGUGUGGUGUGAGUUUGGAGCAGAUGGAGCGUGCUCACAGACAGGCUCUAGAGGAGCUGCAAAGGAAACAUGAGCGUCAUACAGCUGAGCUGGAGAGAGAGAGAGAGAGAUUACUGCAGGAGGAAACGCAGGCUACUGCACGUGCUAUGGAAGCCCUGAAGAAGGCUCAUAAGGAAGAGCUGGAGCGUGAGGUGCAGAAAGCAAAAAGCCUGGCGACACACACAGCAGACACACAAACUCUCAGAGAACAGCAGCAGUUGGAGUUACUCUCUCUGGGCAGAGAAUUGCAGGCUCUGUCUGAGCGUUACUCUCAGAAAUGCCUGGAGCUAAAUCGUGCCCAGCAGCACAGCGGAGAGAGGGAGAGAGAGAUCAGUCAGAAGCGCAGAGAGAUGGAGCAGCUGAAGAAGGAAAACCAGGACCUGCACACUCGUUUAACGGAAGAGAUUCGGCGAAUGCGCUCAUUUGUCACAGGUCAAGGGUCAGAGGAAGUCACUGCCAUUGACCAAAAGGAGCGUCCAGCGUGUGAGCUGGAGGUGUUGCUGAGAGUGAAGCAGAAUGAGGUGGAGUAUUUACAUAAAGAGAUCAUGUGCCUACGGAACGAAGUGCAGUUUCUCAACACGGAGAAGCAGGGUGUGUGUGCUCGCUAUAAGGAUGUGUGUGAGGAGCUGCGGGGGAUGAAGGAGCGUGGUGAGCAAGAGGUACAGACUCUGAGGGAGCACCUGAGGCUGGCUAUGGCGGCGCUGCAGGAGGGCCAGCACCUCAGCAACAGCCUGCAGCACUGACCCCUAUUGGACUAUUGGACACACAACAGCUGAAGUGGAGGAGCCAGGUGGAGCAUGUGCCUUUCAUUUCAAUCCAGUCAGCCAAUCAGCAGCAGGGAACUGCCUCAGCUAACCUGUCCUGAUACACUGGGUCGCUUAAAUCUGUCUCUGCACUUUUUGUCAAGUGUGAUUGCUGUCUUUUUUGUCUUUCUAUCUUUUAUAAUAUUGUAUUUUAUUGAGAGAGAAUCCUUGAGCGUGAAAGACGUGAAUCAAAACUUAAGCACAUGGAGAAAAACAACGGGACUGAACUGGAAUAUUUUUGCUCUUAGGGGUCUUUUUUACAACAGGAAACUUGGAGGAAACCUGAAAUACCACUGGAAGAAUACUGAAACUGAAACAUGUAAACUCAUCUACUGUGGCACAAUGUAUGUGGAUCUGUGCACAUGUUUUCAUGAUUUUUCCAGCAUGGGUAACACACUGUUUAGGAUGGUUGUGUGUUGCUCUGUGGGUUGUGGAAAAUCUCAGUCCAGCAUCCCCAACACACUUAAACCCCAACAAUCUAUAAAAUGUAGACUUCUCAUGUGUGUUAACCCCUUAAACUCCUCAAGUGUCUGUUUGUGCGAGCCACACCUCCGUUUCUCACUCUUAUAACUACAUAAUCUACAUAUUAGUCUAAUAUUAGUGUUAGUCUAAUAGACUAAUAGUAUUAGUCUAAACUGAAUUUUAUGUAACAGUUAAAUUGCGGUUAAUAGUAAUUCUGGAGUUUAAGGGGUACAUCACUUGGAUUUAUUUGUGCAGGUGUGUUACCUGUGUGCAGAGCUGUAGAGUGCUGGUCAUCUGGCUGAGACUGUUAGGCACAAAAUCUGGACAUUCACGGGGUCAUGAGGCCUGAGAUCCUGGAACAGCAGCACAACUCACUAAUCUGAAGUGUGAGUGCUGCAGUGUCCGUCUCUCUUGAGUGCCACAAAAACAGCCCAGCUUUGCUUCAAUGAGCCAAUUUUGUUUUCUUAAAAUAGAUACUUUGUUAUUUUGCAAAUGUUUUUACAUAUUUAAAGUAAUUAUUUUACAAAUUAAUAAAAUGCAGGUUGCAGUUUUUGUAGUCUAAUUCAUCUUGUGUGUGUAUAAAGAGUAGAAUAUCUCUCUGACCUAGGACUGAGAAAAUGUGCCUGUCCUUGUCAAGAAGUACCCAAAGUCAUUAUAAUUAUAAAUAAGUGGAAUAUUCCCCUCAUUGAAAGCUUCUGUUCAGUAAUGAUGUACAAAAGUCGGUUUUGGCGUUCUCAACAGCUGACGUACACGAGUAUUAUAAAAGCCCAAGUGUGGAGUAAAAA